AGGCUAUAAGAGAAGAAGCUAAUUGCCUUGAUUACUCAGUUCCAAAAACAAGAGCAACAAAAGGGCUAGUAGUUCUUGUUGUUUUUCUUUUGGUUGGCUGGCUGCUUUGAUAUCUAGAUUAGACUUUGCCCAUCAUCCAUCAUGGCUUCAUCUAACAGACACUGGCCUAGCAUGUUCAAAUCCAAGCCCUGCAACGCCCAACACCAAUGGCAGCACGACAUCAACUCAUCUCUCAUGUCAAAUGGAUGCCACAGAACCCCAUACAAUUCAGUUCCUGGAUGUGAAGAACGCAGUCCGGAGCCAAAACCAAGAUGGAAUCCAAAACCUGAGCAAAUUCGGAUACUUGAAGCAAUUUUCAACUCUGGCAUGGUGAACCCUCCAAGGGAUGAGAUAAGAAAGAUCAGGGCUCAAUUGCAAGAGUAUGGUCAAGUAGGUGAUGCCAAUGUCUUUUACUGGUUCCAGAACCGAAAAUCAAGAAGCAAGCACAAGCUCCGCCACCUCCAAAACUCAAAAAACCAGUCCCAACAAGCCCAAAACAACCUUCCAAUUACAUCUCUUGCUCCAACUUCUACUACUGCACCAUCAUCCUCAUCAUCUUCUUCGGAAAAAUCGUCUCCCAAAGCACCACUUUACAAGACAUACUCCAUGGGCUUUCCAAAUGUUACUGAUGUUUCUAAUUCACCAACUGCCUCAGUGAACCAGACCUAUUUUCAAUCCCACAGUGAGGUUUUGCCUGAACCUUUCUUCUUCCCAGUGCAACAGCCCGGAGGAUCAGUGCACCAUAUUAGUGAAGGAACAUCUAGCUUCACACAAGGGUUUUGCUUUUCUGAGCUAUCAGAUGUGGUUCAAGUACCUGAACACACAGUUGGGCCUUGCACUAGUCUAUUGCUGAGUGAAAUGAUGAACGAUGGGGGUUCAAAGAAAGAUCAAGAAGAGAAAGUCAUGAAGAUCAAUCCACAGCUGAAUUACACUUUGACCACUCAUCCAACUACUGCCUCUCCCUCUACAACUACUACUGGUAGUUCUGUUCCAUCCUCCAUCAAUCAAAAUCAAGGUGUUGGGGAAUCGGGUGCAGUAGGCGCGGUUGGCCCGGAGAAAUCAACGGUUUUCAUCAACGAUGUGGCAUUCGAGGUGGCUGCAGGGCCCUUCAACGUGCGUGAGGCUUUUGGUGAUGAAGCAGUGCUUAUUCACUUUUCUGGUCAGCCUGUUCUCACCAACGAGUGGGGUAUCACCCUUCAGCCACUCCAGCACGGUGCAUUCUAUUAUCUGAUUUAGAAGUGUGGAAGAUGAAGAGAUGGGCUAGCUAGCUUGCUAUGGUUCCUGUGCACUUGUGUUUGUUUCAUGUCUUUGUUGUCUCUCCGAUCUUUAAUAGGGUUGAAUUUAGGACUUUUGAUUCUGUGUAAGGGGUCUUGGAUAAUAUGAUAAUUUGUGGACCAAUGUUUUAUGUUCCUAUCA